GUUGGUUUUCAUACCCUCAGCCGGAGAAAAGAGGUCUUAUUAGGCGCUCCACCGUCCCCGCGAUGCCGAGCAAAAGGUGAAAAAUGGAGGAGGUGGUUCCAUGUCCUUCUCUCGCCGUCACGUCGGCGCUUCGAAUCGGAACGGUAGGUGCAAUCUGGGGACUGGGCGAAUCUUCUGUCAUUGCUCAUAAAAAAGGUCUAAAUGGAAUUACUAAAGCUUCCCUUCUGGCAACCUCUGCUGCCAAAUGCAGUUUUCAGUGCGGAGUUGUUGCUGGUGUCUUUCAAAUGACUUAUUGUUGGAUUGAGCGACAUCUUGGGCAGAAAGAUUGGAAAAAUUCUGUGAUUGCUGGCGCUGGAGGAGCUGCUGCUGCUGGUGCUAGUGCUGCCAUUGUUGCUAGGAAACGAAAGUUGGAUGGGAUGAUUAUGAUGGCUUGCCUUCUUUCUGGCAUUAAUGCUGAGUUUUCAUAGACAAUUUCAAUUUUUAAUGCUAAGAUACCAAGGCAAUGGAGCAGGGUGAUUCUGACACUUCUUCUUCUUACAUUAUCCACUCGAUGUCAUGACACCCAUUUGAAUUUUCCCUUUCUCUGAACCAUAUGGAAGCGUCUGAAACCUGUUAUUACUUUCCUUUUGCCAGUUUAUCUUCACUUGACCACUUAUUAAAUUGUGCAACUUCCACUAGGAAAUAUUUGCCAUGUUUUUAUUGCAAUGUUUAAAACCUGCUGGAAGGCCUGGAAUAAGUGACUGGUAUAAAAAUUAAUGGACUUCUGCUUC